AGCGCCGGCUGCAGGUCUGCAAGUGCCUUCACGGCCAAUGAAGCGCUUGAGCGGUGCAGUCAUUGCUUUCAUCUCUGCAACGUGAUGGAUAAUGUAUGCACAGCAAGAUCCAACAAAUAGCAGUGCGGUUAAUGACCAGAGAACCUGCUUUUUGUGAUGUUGAUCGAGGGACAAUUAUUGGCCAGGACAUUGUGUAGGACCUCCCUGCAUUUCUGCGAAGCAGUGGCCAUGGGAAUUUUGAUAUUGGCAGUUGCCACUUGGAUUGAGUGUGUCUCGACCAAGAGAAACGCCUACUUGCAGACGGCCAAUAUAUUUGUGUAGAGUUAAAAAGGCUUUCCCUCGAAAUGAUUGUCAUUCGAGACGGUGUGAUAGAAGAUUAACCACUCACUGCAUUGCUGUGGGGUGGGGUUAUAUUGUACUAGCAUUCCAGAAACCAGGCACCUCCCAGAACACAGCCAUAGGUUGGUGUCCAGCCACUGGACUGACCAUCCACUGCAGCACCUCCCACUGCAGCAACAACAUCAUCCACAUUCAGAAAGCUUUCAAAAGGACAGUACAAUGGUGCCGACCAAUCCUGGCGUCUGAGUUCAACUCUCAGAUACAAGUUUGAAUGUAGGAUCAGUGCCUGAUGAGGCUGUGACUUAACAAGGAACUCCCAUCAAUUGCAGCCAAUAUAUAGAGCUUCCUGUCUCCGAGAACCAUUCAAUUCCUGAUCCGUGUGAAGGAACUCCCUCACCCGCUAAGAAACAAUCAUGAAUGGACUGAGCAAGAUUGAAGUUCUGAAUGACAGACCAGUGAUCGGGAUCUUAGCGCAGCACACCGUAGAUGAACUGACCGAGGUGGCAAAGACGUACGUAGCCAUUACCUACGUAAAGUACCUGGAAUCAGCUGGGAGCAGAGUGGUUCCCAUCAGGUUAUAUCUUACUGAGUCUGAGUACGAGAAAAUAUUCCAUUCAAUUAAUGGGAUCUUACUGCCAGGUGGAGCUGUGGACUUGCAGACAUCAGAAUAUGCCCGAGUCGCUGGCAUCUUCUACCGAUUGGCACUGAAGGCCUGUGACGAAGGUGAUUAUUUCCCAAUCUGGGGAACGUGUAUGGGACAGCAGCAGCUAACAGUUUUGACAGCUGGAGAGGAUCUCCUAGUCCGGACUGACAGCUCCAACGUGGCAUUAACUCUGGAGUUUACUGAGGAAGGAAAAUCCAGUCGAAUGUUUAAAGGGUUUCCCCCAGAGCUGAUGGAAGUUUUAUCAAAGAAACCACUGACUGGAAAUUUCCACAAGUUCAGCAUCACAGAGCAGGCCUUUGUGUCCAAUGAGAAAUUGCUGUCGUUCUACAGACUCAUCUCCACCAGCAGAGACCGCCAGGGAGUCCCGUUUGUCUCGACAAUGGAAGCAUUUGCGUAUCCAUUCUAUGGCACUCAGUGGCACCCUGAAGCAAACCGCUUCCUGUGGAAGGAGAGUUUGGCAGCUCCUCACUGUUCCUACGCAGUCAGGAUAUCCUACCUCUUGGCUGAAUUCUUCGUUAAUGAAGCGAGAAAGAAUCUUCAUCAGUUUGAGACGAAGGAAGAGGAAGAAUCUGCUAUGAUUGACACUCACCAGCCAGUGUUUGUAGGUAACGAGAAUUCAUUUAGGAGCCUUUACUUCUUUGAUUAAGAAUGCAGCUCCCACCUCCGUCAUUGUCCCAGAGCCGCCACCAUUUUGCGCAGUGACUUUGGAACCAGAAGGUUAUUAGAGGUCGAUGCUCUGGGAUUGUGUCCUGUCCAAGAAUGAGCUCUGUGUUUGCCCCUCCUCCUCCAUAAUACCCUGCCUGCAGAGUGACAAUUUCCUCUGAGUGACUGUCAAUGUCAAAUUUGACUUUAGCAGGCGUUGUGGCUGAGUCAGGUCCUGGUAUGAGAUGGGCAAUCUAGGCAUCCGAAUUCAGAUUACACUGGAGGUGGCUGCAGAGAACUGGAUAAUAUCACACAUACAGCUCAUCGCCAGAGUUCACUAGAUGUGGGCCAAUCGACACACUCAGGGAAUACAUUCAGAAAGCCGGCUCUUACUGUUCUGUCGAUACUUUGUGUCAGAGAAGCCACUUAAUAAAACCUGACGAUGAAAUAUUUUUUGUUUAACA